AAGUCGUCUGGGGGAAAAUCAAUGUCGAGGAGUCUCCCCCAUCAUCCCACACAUCUGAUCUGAUUGGCUGAGGGGCGUGAUGUCACAGAGCAGACUGCCCUAUAAGAAGUCACUCAGCCACACAGACGGCACACAAGCUGAGAGCUCACUCAGAGUAAGCAGCGGAGAAAAGCUCUGUUGGACAUCCACCACAAACUAACAGCCCAAUCUUUGGAAAUAUCCAACAUCUCAUCAUGUGCAGAGGACUGGAUUCACUGCCUAGCACCUGCCUGGAGAGGUAAGGGGUUUAUCACAUUUCUCUUAUUUUUCAUAGAAAUAAUUUGUCUUGUACUCUGCUUACUUUAUGUUAGGACUUAAUUACCUUUAUUACAUUGCUGUCUUGUUUUAUUUCCUCAGGGCAAAGGAGCUGAAAGCUUUGUUUGGGAGUUUACUACACAAAUCAGAGCACAGCAUCACCAGCCAGUCAAAGAAAAAUGAGAAACUAAGGUAAGACACACAGUCAAAUUCUGCCUUGAAGCAUGUUAGUGAAAAUAAAAUACACAGUGGUGAUUUGAAAGGCUUUUCCUCAUGAUAUAUGUCUCUGUUACAGCAGACUGAAUGUGGACGAGCCUCUGAAGUGGAAGGAGUCGUUUGACAAGCUGCUGUCCAGUCAAAGUAAGUCCUUCAAUCAGACUUAAUACAGAUGUUUUACUAACUCCAGAUUUCAGAUGAUGACCAGAUGUUAAUCAGAUGUUUUCUUCUGUCUCUUCUAGAUGGACUGUGCCUGUUCAGAGCCUUCCUGGUCUCUGAGUUCAGUGAGGAAAACAUUGCUUUCUAUCUGGCUUGUGAGGACUACCAGGCAACAAAACCGUCCAAACAGGCCAGCAAAGCAAAGAAGAUUUACGACGAGUUUAUCGGUGCUGAUGCUCCACGAGAGGUAAAUACUGUAAAACUUCACAACAUUUCAGUAAGCUCUGCUGGCUUUUCUAUUCUUAACGUGAAUUGCUAACAAUCUGUAUUUUUCUUCUUCUACAGGUGAAUCUCGACCACUUGACCAAAGCCAUCACAAAAGAGAACAUGAAGCACCCAGGACAGUCCUGUUUUGACCUGGCCCAGGCCAAAAUCUACACCCUGAUGGAGAAGGACUGCUACCCCCGCUUCCUUAAGUCUACAACAUACCUGGAAGUCACCAGAAAGCCAAAAACAGGCUAAAAAAUAUCUUAAAAAUUGUUCUGCAAGCAGCGUACGAUCCCAACAAUGGGACAUGUGCUUUCUGAUGCACACUAGAGACUGAGAGGGUUCACCUAAAACCUCAGUCUGUGGACUUCUGAGCUGGAACGUACUGUGGAGAUCUAAGGCUGUGAAACAACUUUAGUCCAAGCAAGAGGAUAAAGGAGACAUGAAGCUGUGAGGAAAGACUGUGAAAACUAAGCUGCAGGCAGCGUCUGCCUCUAAAAGACACACCUGUACUGUAUAUACAGAGCUGCAGGAAAGGCAGCCACAGUGGCAUCAAUUAUUUAAUUUAAACAGCAACUUUAAAGACGUUGCAUUAGCACACACAACACAACUACCACUGGGAGACUUUCCCGUGCACUAUUGCUUAUUUAUUUAUUAUUUAUUUUAACUUAAUUUACAAUGUGUGAAUAUUGUGUAUCAUGAUUUUUAUAUGAAGUGCUUUAUGUAAAAAGGAUUGCAUUAAUAAAAGAUGAAAAAUUUCCAGAGACAAAA